AUGUCUACUUUUCGAAAACCAAAAAUCAGAGUUCAGUCAAGGCAAAGGAUUACUACAAGAACGCCUGAUCAAAUUUCUAAUGAAGAUCCAGUCAGGCCUCUGCUAAGCCGCAAUCAACUCCCAUCUCCAAAGCUUUCAUUCAGUUCUGCCUCUUCAUAUGAAAUUACCAAAUCAAUAAUUUCUAGAAGAGAGCCAAAAUUGAUAAAAAUCAGGAAAAUUUACUCCACAAGUUCACCAGAUAAAGCUCAAAAAGUGCAUAAAAAAAGAAAUAAGCCAGAAAACUCAAAGGAAGAGCAUUUUACCCCUCUUCUUCCUAAUUUAAAAUCAAUCAGCUCUCAAGGAUUUGAACCGAAAAUGAAACAUGAAGAAAACUCUUCAAUGAUUUUUAUUAAAGAAUUUCCUGAAAAAUUGCCAGCGAGAAAUUCAAUGAUUUCUUUCAAAAAAGCAAUGAAAAACAAAAAGUGGCUCGCCAAAGCCAAAGAUUUCUUGAAAACAGAAUUCAAUAAAUGUCUAAAAGAAAGUAAUGGAAUAAAUGUGGUAAGCCCUGAAAAUUCGGUGACAACUUAUAAAUAUUAUGUAGGAAAAGGAAAUAAUAGUGGAUUAGUGAAGCAAGUAAUGCAAUCUAGAUGAUGGUGAGUUGAAGUUGAAGAGGCUGAAAAUAUGAAUGUCAAUCUUUAUUGGUCACAGCUUUUUAAUUCACAAUUUUCAGGGAAAAUCCCUGAAGCUGUUCCUUUUGUUGAUAAUUCUACUAUAAGUAAGCCAUUAUCGGUUUCAUGCUUGAAUAUAGAAACUGAUAUAUCAAAUAAUGUAAAAGUUGAUAUAUAACUAUUAGAGAAAAAAUAUAAAAUUUAUUUAUAAUAGCCAUUACACUAUUUCACUUGAAAUGGUGCUAGUUUUUCUAGGAAAAAAAAUCAUUUUUUUAGAAGUGAGCAUAUCAGUCUUAGGGUUUGAUUUGAUUACCCAAAGCAGCUCUUAUACAACUUUAAAAGAAAUGCAUCAAUAUGUACCAAAUCUUGCACUUACCCAUAACAGGCUUCCAAGUAAUGACAAUCUUUGCAAUAAAAAAGCUUUAUAUAGAAACAUGAAAGCCUACUAUACAAGCUUAGGAAAAAAUGUUUUCGAUUAUUUGCCAUUAACUUUCCAUUUAGUAAAUGGAGAAAAUGAUGAAAUUUUUACGGAAUUUUCUCAGUGUUUUGAAGAAUUUAAGGAAAAAUCCCAAAAUCUUUGGAUUCUUAAACCCGGAGAAAAUACUAAUAGAGGAAAUGGAAUUUGUGUAUGCAAUAGCAUAGAGCAGAUAAAGAAUGAGUUAAGAAAUAACCCAUUCCCUAGAACAGGCGAGCAUACUUAUAUAUUGCAGAAAUAUAUAGAAAAUCCUUUAUUAAUAAGUAGAAGAAAAUUUGAUAUCAGGCUUUAUGCGAUGCUAACAUCAGUAAAUGGGAUUAUUCAAGGCUACUUUUAUAAAGAAGGAUACUUAAGAACUGCUUGCAAGGCAUAUACUGCUAAAAAUUUAGAUAAUAAAUAUAUCCAUCUUACUAAUGAUGCAGUCCAAAAGAAAAGCGAAGAUUAUGGAAAAUAUGAAAAUGGUAAUAAAAUUUCAUAUAAGGAAUUUCAAAGAUACUUAAUUCCCUUUUUAAAAGUAAGCAAUGCUAUUUUGCUCACUCUAAAAGAGUUUUUUUAAAAAUAAAUCCCACAGCCCAACCUUAUUGCAUGCAAAAUGGAGGUCUAACUAUUGGAGAUGAUUCAAUACCAAAAGCUGCCAAAUCAAUUCCACGAGUUUAAAAGCGACCUAUAGUUGCCAUUUGUAAACUUGUAGAGUUGAGCAAUAUUAAAAUUUAUUAUAUAUAAAAGAAAUUCGGAUGUUUAAAAAUAGCAAAAAUUAUUGAAGGGAAAAAUUUAAUUUAAUUUUUAAAAUUUACGUUUAAGACCUAACUAAGAGACCUCACUAUAAAAAUUAUUAAUUAUGUAUAUAAAGAUUUUAUAAAAUCGCUGCUAUAUUAAAAAUUUUUUUGCUUAAACUUAAAGGUUUUUUUUUUUUCGGAAAUAUCUUUUUCCAAUGGUUUUGUUCACUCUUAAAGGAAAUGGAAUUAGAUAUAAAAAGAAUUGAUGUAAGCUUCAUGAAUGAUAUAAUUCCGAAAAUAAAAGAUAUAGUAAAAGAUACAUUUAUGGCGACUUUUCAAAUGAUUGAUAAGGAAAGAAAAUCUCAUUCAUUUGAAAUUUAUGGAUAUGAUUUUCUUUUAGAUACCAAUUUUACACCAUGGUUAUUAGAAGUUAAUACAAAUCCAUGUUUAGAGUUAUCAUCACCUUUGCUUGGUAGAAUUAUUCCUUCAAUGUUGGAUAAUGCAUUUAGAAUAGCUGUAGAUCCUGUUUUUCCUGAAAUUGCUCAGUGUUCAAGAAGAAGUAAUGUUGUUAAAGAGUCUUAUCCUCCGAAUAAAUUUGAGCUGAUAUUCCAUGAACUUAUCGAUGGUAAAAAUCCAUCUGAAUAG